GAAACAACCUAUGGAAAUAACAUUGGUUGGCAUCUCCCGCCCGCCUCCUUUCCCUCGGCGCCCCUGUUAGCUUGGCCGCCCUUGCCCUCCUCCGCGGCCCCUCCCUUCCCUGACGCCGCCGGGCGUGCGAGGGAGGCGGGGGGGGGGCGAGCGGCCCAAAAUGGCGGCCGCGUCGCUCUUGGUGCGGCUGACGAGGCGCCCGGCCCGGCGCGAGCGACGACAAUAGAGAGCAGGGGAAGGAGCGGCCUCCCCUCUCGGCCUCCCGCCCCCUCCUUCCUCGCCUCUCGCUGGUGCUCCUCCUCAGCCGCCGCCGCCGCCGCCGGUCUAGCAUGGUGCGGGUCCGCCGCCGCUGGGCCCCCUCCGCCGCCCCGACCUGACCUCGCCUGCUCCCUCGACGCCGCCGCGCCGCCAACAUGGGCGAGAGGCUGGAGCUGCGGCUCAAGUCGCCCGUGGGAGCCGAGCCGGCCGUCUACCCGUGGCCCCUGCCCGUCUACGACAAACACCAUGAUGCUGCUCACGAAAUCAUUGAGACAAUUCGGUGGGUCUGCGAAGAAAUUCCAGACCUGAAGCUUGCUAUGGAAAACUACGUUUUAAUUGACUAUGAUACUAAAAGCUUUGAAAGCAUGCAGAGGCUUUGUGACAAAUACAACCGCGCCAUCGAUAGCAUUCACCAGCUGUGGAAAGGAACCACGCAGCCCAUGAAACUGAACACCCGCCCCACCAAUGGGCUCCUGCGCCACAUCCUGCAGCAAGUCUAUAACCACUCGGUGACCGACCCCGAAAAACUCAACAACUAUGAACCCUUUUCCCCGGAGGUGUAUGGCGAAACUUCCUUUGACCUGGUUGCUCAGAUGAUCGAUGAGAUAAAAAUGACCGAGGAUGACCUGUUUGUGGACUUGGGCAGCGGUGUGGGCCAAGUCGUUCUUCAGGUAGCAGCAGCCACAAACUGCAAGCAUCACUAUGGCGUGGAGAAAGCAGAUAUUCCGGCCAAAUAUGCAGAGACGAUGGACAAAGAAUUCAGAAAGUGGAUGAAAUGGUAUGGGAAAAAACAUGCAGAUUACACACUGGAAAGAGGCGACUUCCUCUCGGAAGAAUGGCGGGAGAGGAUCGCAAACACAAGUGUUAUUUUUGUGAAUAACUUUGCCUUUGGACCUGAGGUGGAUCAUCAGCUGAAGGAGCGAUUCGCAAACAUGAAGGAAGGUGGCCAGAUUGUAUCCUCGAAACCUUUUGCACCAUUGAACUUUAGAAUAAAUAGUCGAAACUUGAGUGACAUCGGCACUAUUAUGAGAGUCGUAGAACUGUCACCACUCAAAGGGUCUGUCUCAUGGACUGGGAAACCUGUUUCUUACUACCUGCAUACUAUCGAUCGGACCAUACUUGAAAACUACUUCUCUAGUCUCAAAAAUCCAAAACUCAGGGAGGAACAAGAGGCAGCUAGACGUCGCCAGCAACGAGAAAACAAGAGCAACACCACCACGCCAACGAAGGCCCAAGAGACCAAGGACUAUGGUGCUGAAGAAGAGGCCGCCCCCGGGGCCAACGCCAUCAAAAAGCCAUCUCCGUCCAAAGCCCGCAAGAAGAAGCUGAGCAAGAAGGGGAGGAAAAUGGCCGGCAGGAAGCGCGGGCGCCCCAAGAAGAUGAACAUCGUGAGCUCAGAACGGAAGCCCAAGAGGAACCAGACGGCCCUGGAGCUCCUCCACGCGCAGACCGUUUCGCAGGCCUGCUCGUCUUCUCCUCAGGAUGCUUACAGGUCACCUCGUAGUCCGUAUUACCAACUACCUCCUAAAGUGCAGCGGCAUUCGUCAAACCAGCUGUUGGUGACCCCCACCCCGCCUGCACUCCAGAAGCUGCUAGAUUCGUUCAAGAUCCAGUACAUGCAGUUCAUGACGUACAUGAAGACUCCUCAGUAUAAAGCGAACCUUCAGCAGCUACUGGAACAGGAAAAGGAGAAGAACACUCAGCUUCUGGGCAAGGCCCAACAGUUGUUUACUCACUGCCAGGCUCAGAAGGAAGAAAUCAAGCGGUUGUUCCAGCAGAAACUGGAUGAGCUGGGUGUUAAGGCACUGACGUACAACGACCUUAUCCAGGCCCAGAAGGAGAUCUCUGCUCACAACCAGCAGCUGAAGGAGCAGACCAAGCAGCUGGAGAAAGACAAUGGCGAGCUCAGGAACCAGAGUUUGCAGCUGCUGAAGGCCAGGUGCGAAGAGCUGAAGCUGGACUGGUCGACGCUGUCGCUGGAGAAUCUGCUCAAGGAAAAGCAAGCACUGAAAAACCAGAUCUCCGAGAAACAGAAGCAUUGCUUGGAGCUGCAGAUCAGCAUCGUGGAGCUUGAGAAGAGUCAGCGGCAGCAGGAGCUGCUGCAGCUGAAGUCCUACAUGCCUCCUGACGACUCCCUCGCCCACCCACGCCACAAGCGCCACCCGAGCCGUGAGGCGGAGCCCGAUCACAGCACCUUCCACCCCGAGCUGGAGUGCUCCAAGUUCCCCGCGGGCCCCCACCUGAACGGCAUGAGCCCCGAGCUGUCCAUGAACGGCCACGCCACGCCCUACGAGAUCCACGCCGCUCUUGGCCGCCCGGCCUCCUCGUCGUCCUCAUCCUCCUCCUCCAAGCAGGGCACCCCCCAGUACCCGGCUUCCCACCUGGACCAAGACAUGGUCCCCUGCACGCCCAGCCACAGCGGCAGGCAGAAGCCGGACAAGGCCUCUAGCUUGUCCUUGCCGGACUACACCCGCUUCUCCCCGGCCAAGAUCGCCCUCCGCAGGCAUCUGAACCAGGACCACGUGGGCAGCGGGAAAGCAGCGCCCGCUGAGAACCACCAGAGGACUGAGCACGUGAAAGAGAACGGCCUCACCUUUUCAAGCCCUGCGAUGCCGAACGGCCUGAAGAUGAGCCCUCAGGAACCCCAGCCCCCUUCUCCAGCAGCCUUGUCAGUAGCCAAUGAGAAGGCUUUGCGAGAGAGGACGUCCGCGAGUAACGGGGAGACCAUCACCAGCCUUCCCAUCAGCAUCCCCCUGAGCACAGUGCACCCCAAUAAACUCCCCGUUAGUAUCCCCCUGGCCAGCGUAGUCCUACCUAGCCGUAUUGAGAAGGUGAGAAGCACCCCCAGCCCCGUCCACCAGAUCCGAGACUCCUUUUCGACACUUGAAAAACAAUAUGGUGCUAGUUCUCAUAACGGCAUUAGCAGUGCCGCCGGUGGAAAGAUGCCACCUUUGGCUACCUCAGGUUUUUCUUACAUGUCUGGCUCCAUGGCGAUCAACGGGGCGUUCCCAAGCAGCCCCGCCCCACUGAACCCCACCAUCGACCACGCGGCCCUGGAGGACGCCUCCAGCUCGGGGAGCCUGUUCAACUCCGUGGCGGGGUCCCGGAGCUCCACCCCACAGCAGCCCUCGUUCCUGGCCGUGCCCUCCCGGGCCUCAGCCCAGAGCUCGCCCGCCCACCAGCACUCGGCCAGCCCCAGGCUCAACGGCACCCCCCAGGGCCUGGCUGGCGUCCUGCAGUACGUGGACUCCCAGAAGGCACUGGCCGAGGGCGGCGGCGGCGGCGGCACCAGGGGCGACCCGCAAGGGAUGGAGCCAGCCUUCUCCGACCCCGAGAGCGAGGGGAAGAGGAGGUUCAUCUUCACCAUUUCACCUGCCACCGGGACCGUCAAGCACUGCCCACCCAGCAAGCACAGCGCCCUCACGGCAAGCAUCCGGGCAGAGUGCGGCCAAGACGGGAAGAAGCGGGGACGGAGGAAGCGCUCCUCCACAGGGGCACCAGGCACCAACUCCGGUGUGUCGCCCAAGCGCAAACCGCUGCCUGCGGUGGCUGGGCUCUUUGCUCAGCCUUCGGGGUCUCCCCUCAAUAUCAGCUCCAUGGUCAGUAACAUUAACCAGCCUUUAGAAAUAACAGCCAUUUCUUCCCCUGAAAACUCCCUGAAGAACUCUCCUGUUCCCUACCAGGACAGCGACCAGCCCCCCGUGCUGAAAAAGGAGAAGCCCCUGACCCAGAGCAAUGGCAUCCAUUACUCGCCGCUGACUUCUGAUGAGGAGCAGGGCUCGGAGGAUGACCACAACAGCACCAGAAUUGAGAGAAAAAUCGCGACGAUAUCACUGGAAAGCAAAUCUCCGCAGAAGCCGAUGGAGAACAGCAUGAGCUUAGCCGGGAGGAAGCAGGCUAGCGAAAACAUGAACAGCAGCAAGUGGAAGUCGACCUUCUCUCCCAUUUCCGACAUCAACCUGACCAAAGCAGUGGACAGUACUCUGCAGGCCCCGUCGCUGAGCCAGAACUCCCUUUUCGCCUUCCGACCGCCCUCCGAGGACGGCUCGGGGGGCGACAGCAAGGUCUCGGCCCACCCGAGGAAGCACGGGGCCUCGGCCGCCCUCGACGGACUCGGCCAGACCAUGAAUGGAUUUGCUUACAACAGCGGGCUUCCGGCCGACCUCGGUUUACAUAGCUUUAUUGACGGUGCUCCUCUCCCGCACAAGGCCGCUGCGGACGUGGCCGCGGCGCUGGCGGGCAGCUCACCCCUGAGCUUCCUGGCGCAGCGCAGCAAGGAGGGCGGCGGGGUCUCCGAGACGAACCCCUUCCUGAGCAAAAGGCAGCUGGAGAGCCUGGGAGCCCUGGCCAAAGGGGAAGACUCCAACUGGCCCAGCGGCCUCAAGGGCAAAGACCCCGGCGAGCUGAGCGCCCGCCUGGGAGCCGCUUUGGACAAGUCCUCGGUGCUACACGGCAGCAAGGCCGGGAAGGGCAGGGAAAGGGAGGCCGGCGAGCUGAGGAACGGCCACAACCUCUUCAUCGCUGCCGCCACCGCCACCCCACCUGGCGGCCUGCUCAAUGGCAAAGGCCUGUCUGUGGCCCCCACGGGCAGCUCUCCUUCCUCUGUGCCCACCUCCUCCUCCUCCAUGGUGGCUCACCCGUUCUUGAACUCGCUAACCACUGGCUCGCAGUUCCCCCUGGGCCCUAUGGUGACGAACUCUUCGGUACUGCAGUCCCUAUUCAGCUCCAUGCCAGCCGCCAGUCUGGUUCACGUCUCGUCGGCUGCCACCCGACUGACCAACUCUCACACGAUGGGCAGCUUCUCCCCUGGGGUGACAGGUGGAACAGUUGGAGGUAUUUUUAACCAUGUGGUGCCUUCUGCCUCCUCCUCCUCCUCCUCUGCUCCCUCGCCUUCUCUUCCGUCUUUCUCCUCCUCCUCUUCCUCCUCCCUCCACUUUGGCAGCAGCGCUGUCUCCAGCUGCGCCGCCACCGCCGUUCUGAGCCUGAACUCUCUGCAGGUGGCUCCCGCCUCCCCAUCGUUCCACUCGCCCCCGGCCCCGUCCGGCGAGACGCAGCACCUCGCGCGAACCCCAGCGCACCCGGCCCGGCGCACCCCACCUCCCAACAUCUCCUUGCCUCCGCCCCCUCCCCUCCUCGCCUCCAGCAGCGACCCCGUCCUCCUGCAGGCCUUUGCCUCCCUUCCGGGCUCCGAGGCUUUCUUGCCGCCCCCAUCCUCCUCUUCCCCCGCUAACUCCGCUUUGUCUAUUAAGCUAGCUUCUCUCCAGCACAAAUCCUCCCGCCCUUCCUUCACUGUCCACCACCCGCCUCUGCCCCGCUUGGCGCUAGCCCAGGCCGCGCCCGGGAUCCCGCAGCCCAGCGCCGCUGCCUCCGCCGCGCCCGCUAUGUGGGUCACGCUCGGCCUGCAGUCUCCUUACGCUUCGCACCUCCCCGGGGUUAAGCCGCGGUAAUGGGCUCGGCUUGACCCUUUAAGCGUUCGUGCUCCGUAAGGUAACUAAGGACCUUCUACCUCAACCCCCCACGUGACCUAUGCAAGGCCAGCCUGGACCAACGCCUCUCCACUUCCACUUGAAGGUGCUGCCCUCAACCGCUGUAGAGAGGGGCUUCUGCUCCUCCACCCGUCCCCCCCAUCUCUCUUUACUACUGGACACGUGCAGGAAAACCAGACGAGGAAAGAGACAGGCAAACGGAAUGGAACCCUUGAGUCCUAAGCCUAAAAGCCGGAAGAAAAUGCUACUGUGAAAUCUUAAGUGUAUGUCUGUGUGUGUGUGUGUAUAUAUAUAUAUGUAUAUUAUAUUAUAUAAUAUAUAUGUAUAUGUAUAUCUCUCUCUUUCUAGAUAUAUUCAAACUGCAGAAGGCGACAACGGCCUCCGAUUUGUAUUGUUGAUAUAGUUUAGAUAUUUAUAUAUUUUUUAAAGUUUGAGAACACGUGUUUUCACAAAAGGCAACCCCCCCCUCCGCUCUUGUGUGUGUGUUCGUUCCACACAAAGUCUUGGAACCGGGGGGAAAAACACGCCGGGGAAGGGGGAGGUGGGGAAAGAAGAGGAGGAGGAGGAGGAGGACUUUUAAGAAACGAAAUACUGCUAAUAACAAAAGGACUGGCCAACACAAGCGGAGACACAUCCAAAAGGUUCUCUUGGUGCUAUCCGUGCCCGACAGACGUGUGCCUCUCUGGGCUGAGCUCCCCCGUGGUGCUUUCGUUUUUUUGUGGGGUGCAGAGGCCUGGUUGUUUGCGUUUGCGGGGGGUGACCAAUACCAAGCCACGUUCCUAUAUAGAGCGAGUCUGACUCUUCUUAAUUUAUUCCACCCGCUCCCACCAGAUGUCUGGUCCAUGUCAUCGUCCGUGUCUCUUACGCUCUGUAGUGAAGCCAGGGAAAUGAGGAAUCCAGGGCUUGUCCUCCUCGGAGCUGGCCCCUUUAAAGCAACCUUAGUUGGCCGUUGGGCAGUAGCUGGCGUUGAGCAGGGGCCAGGGAGGAACGGAGCCAGUCGUUUUGCAUGGGCGUCCGGCUAUCUGCCUCCCCCCAUCUGACCACCGAUGUCAUGUAAUGCUUAUUUGAAGGUGGGGCCAUCACACUCCCUUCCCGGCUUCCCAGCAGAAUUCAGAUAUGGUGCUUGUGGGGGAUAAAACAUAGCCUCUCCCGCCCCAGAAACCGACACCCCCAGGUGCGUUUCCGAAGCGAGGGGAAGGGGAUUCCUCUGCCUUAACUGUGAAACCCAAAAGGGUCGUGUUCAGAGUUCAAGGUGGGGUGGGGGUGGGGACCCUGACCCACUGGCUUCUGGGGUGGGUGGCAAUGAAAGCAACCCCUCCCUUCCCGGUGGAAUGGCUCCCCCCCAGGCAGCCAAGCACUGGCAGGCAUUUUCUCACGCCAAGGGCAGCUUCACCCGUAUUUGGGGACUCCGCCUCAGGCUUGGGCCCCUUUCUUGCCCGGGUCCAGGCUUUGUAGUCUUCUAGGUUUCCUUUAAAACAAAAAACCAUUGCUUACAAUUUUCUAAUCAUGCCAUCUUUGGGGGCUCUGCCUUGCCCUCGGUGAGGAUCUCUCCCAGUUUGUCCUCCCCACAGAGGCAGCAGACUGGGUCCCCGGAUGUCUGGCUCGUUGCUUUGUUCCUUGGAAGAAGCAAGGGUGCUUGUCAUCCUUGCCCGGUGCUCUUCCCUUCCUGUUUGUGUCCAUCUCCCGCUCUUGGAAUAUUCCCCCAGGGAUGAUUUGUUUGGGGAGGCGAUGGCCACGCAGAGGCAUCCCACUGGUGUUGUUGGCCAGGCUGCUUGCACUGGAAAACUUGAGAAAGCAGGCCGCCCGUUCUUGCGCUGGGCCUGCUGCCAACUUUGUUUCUUGGGGUUCUGUCAUCCUUUUCGUGUGUUGUCGGCGGCAAGAUUUUUGAUACUUGAUCAAGACACGCGGCUUUGUACGUUCCGUCAAAGACAUGUCCGCUCACUGCUUCUGUCCUUGUUGUUUCUCAGUGGGUCGUGUUUUAAAAAUGUGAUUUCACACCCCUGCAUCAGAGAUAAACACACACACACACACACACACACACAUACACACAUGUGCAUAAUGCAAUCAAACUUACCUUUUUUUGUAUCUCGCCUGACAACACUGGUGCUUUGCUGAUUUUUUUAUAACAAUAAAUUGUGAUUUGGGUGAUCAGUGCAUAGGAAUAAUUCUUACGUUUUUUUUUAAAGGCACACAGCUUUCUGGAAAUGGUGAGAUGUGCGGGGGGGGGGAAUAGAUCUGUUUAAAAACACAUACACACUCGUAUGCUUUCUGCUAAUUUUUUUAUCAGGUUGUGUCCAUAGUGUAAUUGGAAGCGGGAGACAAAUAGCAGCUUUGUUUCCUCAGGUGUGCCUAGAAUCAGGGAGGAAAUGAUAAGGGCAUGAGAAUAAGAAAGUCUGUGAUGAUCGCAGCAGAGGGGAUCAUUCUUGCUCCCCUCAAUACCACAGCGGUCCCUAAAGUCUCACGUUUGCCUCCCUUACUUCCAAGAUCCACCUUCUGGCUUUUAUAAGAUAGUCUUUUGCUGUUGCUUUUCCCUGAAUCUGUCUAUCUUGCGCUCUCGCUCUCUCCCCUUUGCUAAGGUCUUGGAGCAAACAGCUGACUUCUCAUAGAGACUUUUCACCAUUCUGCUUAUUUUUCCUUGCCCCUGUCGGUCUGCUCAGCAUCGGCAGAGAACCGAAACCUCCCCGUUUCCAGGUUUCUUAAAACUCUCAUUGCAAGCCGAAUGAAUUCCUUUUGGCUCCGGUUCCCCCGCCCCAGAAGGAACAGGGAGGAUGCAGCUCAUUACUCUGGCAACCCUUUUUUUCCCUUCCGCUGCGCAGGACUGCGCAGGAUGCAGCUCAUUACUCUGGCAACCCUUUUUUUCCCUUCCGCUGCGCAGGACCAGCACGGAAAUAACCCUGUAAUAAAUGUGGACUGGCUGCCAAAACCCUUUAUCUUGCUUGGAUAAAUCUCCGCUGCCUUCUGUCGCAUCACUGGCCAGCUUCUCUUUCUUGCCCUCCUUCCACACUCUGGUAUCUUUCCCCUGCAGGCCCACGAUGCCUGCAAAUUUCCAUUUUGGGGGAAAGUGUGGAUACAGUUUGUGCUUUCUUUCCCUCUCCCUUCCCUUGACUUUAGUCUUAGCUUGCUUUUCUUUUUUUUUAUAAAAAAAAAUCCCACUUGAGGGCCUAGUUCUUACAAGUCUUCUCCAGUCAGCUGCAAAUCUUUUCCUAGGUCUGAAACUAAAACGGAUUUCUGCUUGUUCACCUCUUCGCCUUCCGCCCUGCGUUAAAUUCGUAGGGUGCGAAUUUCUCAUACCUGACGCGGGAACCAUGACUUGCUGUGCUUGAGUGGAGCUCUCUCCAGCAACCGCUUUCUCUCCCCCUCUUAAAAAAAAUUCCUCCAUCUCCCCUCAGCCCAUCUUCUCAUCUUCAGUACUCUUGAGGUCGCAAAUGUGUGUUUCAUGUGUUGAUCUUCCGUUCGGAAUAUAGUCUUUAAAAUGCCGGAUGGGCCCCUAUCCAUAGCAGUGUUGAGCCAAGCAGGCAAUAGGGCGGUGGGCCCUUCUCCUCUGACCAGCCCAGGGUUUUGAUUUUAUAAAAGCACGGGAGAGCUGGCCAAAGAUACAAGGACCAAGCUGCCUGUUUUCAACUAACCAGGCGGUUCAGACUUGGGGCAGUCCAAAUCCAAAGCCUGCCUUACCCGACCCCUCGAGGACUCAGCUAGGUUUCUUGCUGGUGCUGUCUUGUUUGCAAGAACUCCACGCCGAAACACAAAUCCACUUGGGCGAUCCAUUCGGCCGCUGGGGUGGGACGCCCCGCCUCCGGAAAGAUCACCCCCAAAGGACAAUUGUCAUAUUUGCCCCCCUGCUGCUUCUGGUACAGAGAUGGAAUCUCGGGGGCUUCCCUGUCGACAACCCCCCAGGGCCGUGCAUUGAAAUGGAAACCCACACCACUUUGUCUUGGGAGAAGCUUCUUGUAGUGAGCUGUUGGGACCUCCCCUGCCUUGUUUUAAUUUAUUUAUUUUUCUGAGUGGGAUUUGCUGCUGCUGCUUCUUCUUCCCUUCAUUGGUGCUAGAUGCAAAACAAAACCCUAAGGUGCUUAGCUGGGUUCUUUUUUACCACCACCCCCGGGGGGGGGCAUUCCUUUCACCCAGCCGACCUGGCGACAACAGGCCACAAGGAAAGGAGGGAGGCUGGGGUAUUCUAUUUUAUUAUUUGCCAGUAAAACCUGCUUUAAGAUGCUUUACUUUGUCUGCAAGCACACAGAGAUUAUGUUAAGUUGUGUAAGGGGCGUAGAGGGAACUCGUCUUCUAACUUUAUUUUUCAGGAGGGCAGAGUAUUCGUUCUUUAAAGGCUUGACCCUGUUUCUGGUGCAGAAUAUGGUGCUAUUUGGGUGUGUUUGUGUCUCCCUAAGUCAUCAGGGCUCCACCUUAUCUGAGGUUAUCCUAGACCAGCCUCUGCCAUUUUGGGGCCCCUCCCUCGGCAGUCCAAAGCAAUCUUGGAGGGGCUUCGCAAUGGCAAACGGACUCUGCAGACUACAAGACGAGGUCCUCAUUUUCGCGGCUAACCUCUUCCAUUCCAUUUCCAAACACAACCUUUCUCCUAAACCGUUGGGCAUGAGAACUCGUACAGGUCUAGCGUGCUUGGCUUUGAAAUCUUAAGAGCCAUGCCUGUGGCAUGAGUAUGGACAGCAUCCUUUUUUUUUUUGCGGGGAGUGCACACCCUCACAGAAUCUGAAACACGCGCAGAUCCUGUGCUUUUCUGCUUCUCUCUCUCCCCCUCUCCCCCCGCAAACCCCUUCUUUGCAACUUGGAUAAAGUGGUGAAGAAACUUUGGGAUUGGUUGCGAAGGACGGUGUGUCCUCGCAAGUUGGGUUUGGUUUGAGAUGGUGCGCGUACUCUUUGUGAAAGCGUGCGGGUCAUUGCAACAGCGGUGGUGGGGUUUGUUUGCACCCAGUGGAGUCGCUUGGUUUUUAAAAGUUGUAGAAUUGCUUCAGAAUCAGGGCAGGGCGGGGGGCUUCUGGGGUAGGGUGCUAACGGCGCUUCCCCCACCCCUCCCAGAAACAGACCCACAGGGGGGGAAAUAACCUUUCGCAGGGUAAAAACUACUUUCUGAUCAGUCUAACGGACACACUGUAGUAGAUGCAGUCCAUCAAGCAGGCUGCCACAAUCUCCUGUGAAGUUUGAAAUCAGCCUUGCCAGAUAUCUUAAUAUCCAAUAAGAACUUCCAUAGAAAUGGGCUCGCUUGUCUGUGUUUAACUAGCAUAGGAAUUUGUGGUACUCUGAAAGAAAGGUGGGUGCCGGGGAGUCAAUGGCAAGCAUCCCAUUUGCAAAAUAUCUUUUGUCUCGGUUGCAGGAUGCUGUUUUUGCAAAUCUGGUUCAAAAGAGGUCUUCCUCCCUGCAGGUGUUGGCUGGACACCUGUUCAGUCCUUCAUAAUUCUGGAUUUCCUCACCCACAUGCACAUUGGAACCUUAAAAAACACCUUACCCCCCCUUUUCUAGCCUUGAUGGGAUGGAGAUCUAUUGAAAAGAAAAAAUAGGAAGGAGAAAUGUGGAGUAGAUCAGCUCCUUCUUUCAGCGCUUUGCGUUUUUUUGAGCCUUUUGAGAAACGUGCUUUGCAGAAACAGCCCUUGGGGGGGGGCUGGUUAAGGAAUUAUCUGGUUCCUCCCCCCUCCACAAUGAACUGAGGCUUUGCCUUGCCGAAACAGGGAGUUUGGGUGUGGGCGGGGGGGGGGAGGGUAUUCAGUCAGUGAUGGAAAUUGCUGUUGCUCAGGAAUUAAAUCUGUAAAAUGUAAAAUAAAAGGAAUCCGUUUGUAAAUGGAUUGAAGGGAGUACCCAUAUUCUUAUAGAUGGGAUGUUCUUUCCCAGCAACUAGGAACUUGAUUUGUAUACAUUAGCCCAUGAAAAUGAAUUCUAUUUAAAUUUCAGUCUUUCAUCCGAUGUACCUUGGGGUUUGUUUGUUUGUUUGUUUUUGGCUUUGUUUUUGAGACUUUGCUCCAUGAAAUCUCGACCUGUCAUUCUUCCAUAGAUCCAUAUGAACUACUUCUGGCGUUGUGUAUAUAUGUACGUAAUAAUCUUUUAUCUAUAUAUUUCAGCCCCUUCCAUUCCUUCCGAUUCUCUGCACUGCAAAAAAAAAGUUUUAUCUUUCUGUUCUAACUUCCACUUCAGAUCUCCCCCCGCACUUCAUCCUGAUUUGUAAUUGAAAAAAAGAAAAUGGCUUUGAAGUUUGUCUUUAUAUUAAAAAAAAAAUGUAUGUAUUUUAAUACACUGUAUACCCUUGUGGUGGUGCUUCUAUA